CUGACACGACAAGCCGAGUGUGUCAGAAUUGCAUAAAAUUCAUGGCGCGUGCGCGACUUGGAUUGCGUCUGUCAUCGCGUCGUAAAAGCGUGUAGUGAGAUUUAUGCGGGGCGUGAAUCGCGUAAUCGCGCGAAGUUGACGUAAUUGGACUUGUCGUCGAGCAAGAUCACACCACGUUUGCGAUGGACAAGCAGCUACCAUACAAACUAAGCAGUGUAUUGCUUGGACAUACUGCGGACGUGAGAGCAGUAGCUACCUUCACGGACGGCACCGUCGUGUCAGUCUCCCGGGACAAGACCGCCCGCGUAUGGAAACCAACCGGGAAAGGAAAUGAAUAUGUUCAAAGUACAGUGCUCAAAGAUCACUCCAACUUUGUAAGUGCAGUAUGUACCAUAGAUCCAUCAGAAAAAAAUCCCAAUGGUUAUAUCAUUACUGGCAGCAAUGACAACACUAUACGCAUCUAUGCUGCGAAUGAGACAGUGCCUAUGCAUACAAUAACAGCACACCAGAACACUGUGUGCAAUUUGAGGACUGGCAAGAAAGAGAAUACCUUUCUCUCCAGUUCAUGGGACCUCACAGCUAAAUUAUGGGACUUAAACGAUUUGAGUAAACCACAAUUAAAUCUCAUGGGUCAUACAGCUGCGGUAUGGUGUGUGGCUGAUUUACCAAAUGGCAACAUAAUAACUGGAUCAGCUGACAAGCUGGUAAUAGUGUGGAGCAGAGAUGGUACUGUACAACACAAAUUAACAGGGCAUACUGACUGCGUCCGUGACAUAAGUAAUAUCAAAGAGAACGAGUUUAUAACUUGCGCGAACGACGCCACUAUAAGGCACUGGAAUGCCAAGCUUGGAACUUGUUUAGGCACUUAUUGUGGUCACGAAAAUUAUAUUUACAGCAUAGCAGCUAUUAUGAACGGCACGUACGUCUUUUCGUCCGGCGAAGACAGAACAAUCAGAGUAUGGCAUAAUGCGGAAAUAAGUCAAACUAUCGUUUUGCCCACGCAGUCGAUAUGGUGUAUCGAUUUGUUCGCAAACGGCGACGUAAUCGCCGGCAGUUCUGAUGGUGCCGUGAGGAUAUUUUCAUCCAACCCCGAACGUUACGCCAGUAUGGAGAUGUUGGAGGCGUUUGAGAAGGAAGUGGCAAGCACCACUCUGAAUGCACAGCAGGUAAUCGGGGACAUGAACGUAAAAGAUUUACCGGAUUCAAAAGUUCUUCUUCAGCCUGGCCAACGAGACGGGCAAACAAAGAUCGUGAAUGAAGGGGAUGUAGUUAGGGCGUACAAUUGGUCGCAGAAUGAACAACGAUGGAUACGAAUCGGUGAUGUAAUGGGUGCUUCUGGUAGCACUGCGGCUACCUCCGGAAAGCAGCUGUACAACGGUAUAGAGUACGAUUACGUAUUCUCGGUCGACAUACAAGACGGCGUACCACCGUUGAAACUGCCAUAUAAUAAGGGUCAGGAUCCCUGGCACGUCGCACAAAAGUUCCUGCACGACAAUAAUCUCAGUCAAUUGUUUUUAGAUCAGGUUGCAAAUUUUAUUGUAAAAAAUUCUGAGCCAGCUCCAGUCUUGAAUACUGGAUCACAGUUUGUAGAUCCUUUUACAGGAGGGAGCAGAUACGUUCCUGGAUCGGGAACAUCGUCGAGUACAUCCGAUUUUACCGUACAAUCACCGUUGUGUUCUUCCAACACGUCUAUAUCCCCCUCUUACAUACCUCACUUAAAAUAUUUGAAAUUAGAACAAGCGAACCUAUCUGUCAUUUUAGAUAAAUUACGCGAGCUAAACACCAAGCAAGAAAGUAUGUAUAAAAUAUCAGAGGAAAAGUUGGAAGCAUUAGGUAAACUUACGAGCGACGGAGUGACCGAAGAAGCUCGAAGUAAUGCUAUUGGUACAUUGAAAAAUAUUCUGAAUUGGCCGAACGACACAGUAUUUCCGGCUCUUGAUAUAGCAAGGCUCACCGUACUUCACAAAGAAGUGAAUGAACAACUGUGUACAGAAGAAUUGCUGCCAGUUAUACGAAAACACAUCAAAUCCGACGCAGUUUCGUCGAAUCAAAUGCUCACCUUUCGGCUAUUAGCCAAUAUGUUCCAACAUGAAAAAGGAGAGAAACUAUGUCUGGAUCAUAGGGAUGAGAUGUUUGGCUUUUUGCUGAAUCUACAGUCUUUCGGAAAUAAAAAUAAUCAGGUUGCGAUAUCAACGUAUAUAUUGAAUCUGAUCAUAGCGUUAAAUAAGUAUAACGAUAUGCCUGGUAGAACAAGAGCUCUGAAUGUAUUGUUCACCAUAUUACCCCAUUUAAGUGAAUCCGAGGCGAUAUUCAGAGUUCUAGUUGGACUGGGAACGUUAUUGGCUGCUACACCAGAUCCGGACGAUCGUAACAAAUUGAUUAGCGCUCUGCAACAGUUUGAAAAUGCUUUGAGCAUUCUCACGACUCUGUCGGAAAGUACGACCGAUCUUAGUGCGUCAAAAAAAGUGGCAAACUGUUGCAAACAAAUUAUCGAUUUGAUUAGUGAGUGCGCAUUUGCGAGUAAUACAAUGCACUGUUCAUAAAACUGUCACGAAAACAAGGUAAUUUUAAACAGAAAGGCGUGUUUAAAGGAAUGUAAUUAAAAUAAAAUCGAUUUAUAUCAUGAAAUAAAAACAGAUUCUCUGGCACGUACUAAUGUAAUUAAUGAACGCGAUCGGAAGCGUAAGGUAACGUAAGUUUUCAUAUGUAUGCAUUUUUUGCAGUUCGGUUGCUCAAUCAUAAAAUACAGCAAAGAAAUAAAGACAUUUUUUGAUACAA